ACUGGACUCAUAAUAGUGCUAUUGCUUAGUUCGUUACCACGACCAGCCCAAAAUCUUCUUCGAGUAGCCAUGGAAGUCCUCCCUCUUCGUCAGACCUUUCUUUCAUCCUCACGUCCUUCUGUUUCCUGCUGCCAAAGCGUUAUCCACUGUGGUAUAAGAUGUUCGAGAGCACUGCCCUCAACCCCCGCCAAGGGAGGGAGAAUGAGAGUGAAAAUGGCCACGGAGUGUGCCAGUUUGGGACCUGGGGCGGUGGCGAGAGAGUUCGAGGACGAGAUGGGCGUGGAAGAAGUGGCGGAAUGGAUGAAAUCUGGGAGGUUGAAGGAGAAGUGCGGCGGAGGGAGAGGAGUGGUGGAGUUGCUCGAGUGCUUGGAGCGAGAGGCCAUCAUGGGGGAAGACCAUGGGAGGGAACCAAAUGAUUACAAUCGGAGGGCUCAGAUCUUCGAUAGAAGUUCUAGAGUUUUCCAGGCUCUCAGGGAACGUGACAGUACUGCUUCUGCUGCUGAUGAUGUCCAACAAUCUUGAAUCUUUGGUCUAGCUGUAAAGGCAUGGCAGCCAUGCAUUAUGAUGAUGCUCUUUUUUUCUUUUUCCCCUAUUGUGAUUAUGUAAUAAGGAAAAGAAAAAGGUUAAAACUAUUCUGAUUGUUGAUGUAUUAUUCUGUAACUUUAGUUGAGUUUACUUCAAGAGACCAUACGGCUCCUACCAGAAAGAAGUUUCAUGCA